CAAAAGCCAGAAAGAAAUAAGUCACAGGUGAUGGCGGUAAUGGUGCUUGAAAAGCAACUAAACAUUUGAUAUUAACCGUUAGGAGUAAAAAAAGCAUUACAUUUUUUUAUUUAAUUACGGCAUUUCUGCCAACUGAUCUCCAUUCUACUGGGCACUUUUGCGGCACACUCGGGCAAAAAAAAAAUGUCCGGUGCAGCAGUUGGUAAGAAAUUCUCAAAGGAUUUGAAGAAGGCAAAGGCUUUCUUACAAAAAGAAGAUGGAUUCCCUGCAAUUAGUUUGUACGAUCACAUGGCGGAAAUCGUAACCAAAGUUCUGGAUGAACAGAUCGAGGAUUCGGUAAAUUCGAUAGAGCAGCUGAGCUUAGAACUGAAGCGGAAACGGUUCUAUCAAACGGACACAAAUGCACUAUUCGAAGAUGCUCCUCCCGUUGCAUUGGCGGAAGAGGCAAAGACCAUGGAGGAACUAUUCAUUCCAGCAGAUAGCCUUGAAGAAGAAAACAUCGAAGAGCAGGAAGAGCUCGGAACACUUCCACCAAAUGUAAUGGAAAACCUGUUCUUCUUUGAACAAGCCGGUCUUGGUCUGCCCCGUCAAGAAGCCUUUCACUUGUCGCUGGCAAUCAGGUCGCUGAUGCGAGAGACGCGUCUGCAAAAAGUGCGCUUUUGGGGAAAAGUUCUUGGCAUGGAGAAGAACUACUACGUUGCGGAGGCAGAGUUCCAGGAAGGCGAAGAACCUGAAGAGGAGGAAGAUGCGCCGAUUGAUGAGGAGCUGCCGGACCUGCCGACGGACGAGGCCAUGGACGAACUCGGCGAGGAAGAAGAGGAGAGGGAACCGGCCGAUCCCGUCGUCAAGUACACCCCUCCGCCCAAACCUCCUGUCGAACCAUACGGCACUGGAGCGAACAAGAAAGUGUACUUCGUGACCAACGGACCAGGAUGUCGGUGGGUUCGACUCCCGAACGUCACUCCCACAGAGAUCUUUGUGGCACGAAGAAUCAAGAAACUCUUCACGGGUAACCUGGACAACCCAGUUUUGACAUACCCGCCCUUCCCCGGAACGGAGAAGAACUAUCUGCGCGCGCAGAUCGCCCGCAUCACAGCUGGCACUCAUGUCUCUCCGCUGGGUUUCUACCAGUUCGACGAGGAAGAAGAAGCCGACUUGGGGGACGAGGAGUCGCCCCAAAACUGCGUGGAGAACCCAGAGUUCGAGCCGAUCCCGGUGCGGGAGCUGGCGGCCGCCGACUUGAGCCAGUGGUGCCACCACACGCUGCACAUCCUGCCGCAGGGCCGGUGCCAGUGGUGGAACCCUUCCACUCGAGGGGAGGACGAGGAAGAAGUGGAGGAAGAGGAGGAGGAGGAAGCUCCUGCCGAGCCCGAGGUGGGCCCGCCGCUGCUGACCGCUCUCUCCGAGGACGCCACGAUGGAGGGAAUGCCGGCUUGGGUGGCCCGCAUGUCCUCCCACCUCUCCUCCGUCCACGCCCUGGCAGUCAUCCGAUCCACGCUCUGGCCCGGAGCCGUGGCGUUCUGCAACGGCAAGAAGUUCGACAACUUCUACAUCGGAACGGGACACAAGUUCAGCUCUGCCAACUUCAGUCCGGAGCCGCCUCCGGGCCGGGACGUCUGCUAUCCGCCACACCAGGAUACCAACCACGCCACGGACCCGACACCGGAGGAGGAGGCCGACUUCCUCGCCGCUCAGCGAGGAGAGGAAGAGGAGGAAGAAGAGGGAGAAGACGAGGAAGAUGAGGAGGACGAUGAGGACUGAAGUGGGAAGGCAGAGAUAAUAUGAUGUGAUACUGGUUCACACAGCGGGAGGGUAGCGCUGAGCUACAGUCCAACGUUAUUACGGGAUCUGACGAUGCCCGAGAACAGCCCGACAACCAAGGCGUUAGAAUUUACGCAAAAUGAUGCGGCUGUUGCGACCUGUGAUGAAGUGGGAUGGGACUAGGAGGUAGAACUGCUGGGCUAGUCACCCGUCACUGAUGACAUUGAUAAGUGAUAAGUGAUAAAUAACAUGUUCGAGAUAACUUUGUGUGAAAUACAGGAUUAAAGUUA